AUGGCCGACGCACACGAUCACGCCGUCGAGAACAUCCCAGAUGAUGCUGCCACCUCUCCAGACCCAAUCGACUCGACACUAUGGGCACACAUCUUCCUCAACAUGCUCGCCUUUGGCGUCCUUUUCCCUCUCGGAAUGGUCCUCGGCAUAACGAAAAGUCGAUGGCACGUCCCUAUACAAUCGCUCUCCUCCGUGCUUGCCCUCCUCGGUUACGCCCUCGGCCACAUGCAUGGCGGCCGUGAGUUCCGGCCGGACAAUGUACACGCGCACUUUGGUGACUGGGUCUACUUCCAAAUGUUUGCACAGAUCAUUCUCGGCGUGUACCUGAGGCUGCAUCUCGAAAAGGGUGUUCACGCCCGCAUCCGCCCCGUCGUGCGCGUCGUCCACUCCAUCAGCGGCAAGGCCUUCCCCGUCAUCGUCUGGGCCCAGCUGCUCUUCGGUGGCAUCACCGCCCAGGGCUUCUGUCGCGGCGACCAUCUCGGCCAGUGCCUGGCGCACUUCAUCAUGGGCAGCGCCUUCAUCGCCUAUGGCGUCCUGAUGACCCUGACCCUGCUCGUCGGCCAGCUGUGGCUCCGCCGCACUGGCCGCUCCCAGGAGUUUUUCGAUUCCGUCGUCAUCGCCGCCUGGGGCUGCGUCAACACCUUCACCGAGCACAGGUGGGGCACUGCAUGGGUCAAGAACGACUGGCAGCACACCACCAUGGGCAUCGUAUGGUGGUGCGCUGGCCUGGCUGGUGUCUGGCUGAGCCGCGGCCGCGACGGCUCUCCUAGGCGCAACUUCAUCCCAGGCUUUGUCAUCGCCAUCACGGGCUGGGCCAUGUCCGCCCACCCCCAGGAGCUCAUGAUCAGCGCCAUGACCCACAAGGCCUUUGGGUACACCCUCAUGGCCGCCGGCAUUACCCGCAUCAUCGAGGUUUCCUUUGUCCUGCAAGAUAAGAUCGGCAUCUCGGAUGAUGGCUACGGCACCCACAGCUUUCAGUACAUCCCUCCCUUUUUGCUGUACGCUUCGGGUUUCCUUUUCAUGGGCGCAACCGAGGAGCAGAUGUCGUUGGUUGACGGUUCCGGCAUUGACCAUGUGGCCUAUGUCUUGAUCCUUUACAGCCUUGCCUUCCUCACCUUCCUCUUCACCAACGUUCUCGUCCAUGUUUACGACCGCGGCGUGAACGCACCAGCUGGAGCCAAGGGCAUCAAUGGACAUGCACCGGGGGCCAACGGCCGGCGGGGCGCAGCGGCGGCGUCAAUGGACGAGCGGAGGCUGCGCGACGUGGAGGAGUUUGAGCUGGACGGGCUGAUGAGCGAUGACGAGGACGAGGAGCAGGCCCAGAGGCGGAAGCUCCUGAAAGAGGGCGACGGAGACAGGAGCGAGGGCGAGGGAGAGGCCCUGUCCAGCCCUAGCACGGUGGGCAGAAACAAUGAUCGAAUUGCUUGA